CCUGGAGAUGCUCCGGAGUUGGUGAUGGUUGGGGAAGCGGAACUCAAGUGCGCUGGGCUUUGGUGAGGUUUGAAAUCUUAUCAUGAUCGUGUUCAGGCAGGAAAACGUGGACGAUUACUACGACACCGGAGAGGAACUUGGCAGUGGGCAGUUCGCGGUGGUGAAGAAAUGCCGUGAGAAGAGCACCGGUCUACAGUAUGCUGCCAAAUUCAUCAAGAAAAGGAGGACAAAAUCCAGUCGGCGUGGUGUGAGCAGAGAGGAUAUCGAACGGGAGGUCAGCAUCCUCAAGGAAAUUCAGCAUCCCAAUGUCAUCACUCUGCACGAGGUUUAUGAGAACAAGACUGAUGUCAUCCUGAUUCUGGAACUAGUUGCAGGUGGUGAGCUAUUUGACUUCUUAGCUGAAAAAGAAUCUUUGACUGAAGAGGAAGCCACUGAAUUUCUCAAACAGAUUCUUAAUGGUGUUUACUACUUGCACUCCCUUCAGAUCGCCCACUUUGAUCUGAAGCCUGAAAACAUAAUGCUUUUGGAUAGAAAUGCCCCUAAACCUCGGAUCAAGAUCAUCGAUUUUGGGUUGGCUCAUAAAAUCGAUUUUGGCAAUGAAUUCAAAAACAUAUUUGGAACGCCAGAAUUUGUUGCUCCUGAGAUAGUCAACUAUGAACCUCUUGGUCUUGAGGCAGAUAUGUGGAGUAUCGGGGUAAUAACCUAUAUUCUUUUAAGUGGGGCCUCCCCAUUUCUUGGAGACAGUAAGCAAGAAACAUUAGCAAAUGUAUCUGCUGUCAGCUAUGAAUUUGAGGAAGAAUACUUCAGUAAUACCAGUGCCCUAGCCAAAGAUUUCAUAAGAAGACUCCUUGUCAAGGAUCCGAAGAAGAGGAUGACAAUUCAAGAUAGUUUACAGCAUCCAUGGAUUAAGCCUAAAGACACCCAACAAGUACUUAGUAGAAAAGCAUCAGCAGUUAACAUGGAGAAAUUUAAAAAGUUUGCAGCCCGAAAGAAAUGGAAACAAUCUGUUCGCCUGAUAUCAUUGUGCCAAAGACUGUCCAGGUCAUUUUUAUCAAGAAGUAACAUGAGUGUUGCCAGAAGUGAUGAUACUCUGGAUGAGGAAGACUCCUUUGUGAUGAAAGCCAUCAUCCAUGCAAUCAAUGAUGACAAUGUCCCAGGCCUGCAGCACCUCCUGGGCUCCUUGUCUAACUAUGAUGUUAACCAGCCCAAUAAGCAUGGGACACCACCAUUACUUAUUGCUGCUGGCUGUGGGAAUAUUCAAAUGCUGCAGCUGCUCAUUAAAAGAGGCUCAAGAAUUGAUAUUCAAGAUAAGGGUGGAUCCAAUGCUAUCUACUGGGCCUCUCGGCAUGGCCAUGUAGAUACCUUGAAAUUUCUCAAUGAGAACAAAUGCCCUUUGGAUGUUAAAGACAAGUCUGGAGAGACAGCCCUUCAUGUGGCAGCUCGCUAUGGGCAUGCAGAUGUAGUUCAGUUACUGUGCAGCUUUGGCUCUAAUCCUAAUUUCCAAGACAAGGAAGAAGAAAGUCCUCUGCACUGUGCUGCAUGGCAUGGUUACUACCCAGUAGCCAAAGUCCUCUGUGAAGCUGGUUGCAAUGUGAAUAUUAAGAACCGAGAAGGAGAGACCCCACUCCUGACAGCCUCUGCCAGGGGCUACCAUGACAUUGUAGAAUGUCUGAUUGAACAUGGAGCUGAUCUUAAUGCUUCAGAUAAGGAUGGACACAUCGCUCUUCACCUUGCUGUUAGAAGAUGUCAAAUGGAGGUCAUCCAAACUCUCAUCAGCCGAGGAUGCUCUGUUGAUUUCCAAGAUAGACAUGGCAACACCCCACUCCAUGUGGCUUGCAAAGAUGGCAGUGUUCCAAUUGUGGUGGCCCUUUGUGAGGCAAACUGCAGUGUGGAUAUCUCAAACAAGUAUGGUCGGACACCCCUACACCUUGCUGCCAACAACGGGAUUCUGGACGUGGUUCGUUACCUCUGCUUGACGGGUGCCAGUGUGGAGGCACUGACCUUGGAUGGAAAGACAGCAGAAGAUCUUGCUAAAUCAGAGCAACAUGAGCAUGUAGCAGGGCUCCUUGCAAGACUCCGGAAGGACACGCAUAGAGGGCUCUUCAUUCAGCAACUACGACCCACACAAAACCUCCAGCCAAGAAUCAAACUGAAGCUGUUUGGCCACUCAGGGUCGGGAAAAACAACCCUGGUAGAAUCUCUCAGGUGUGGGCUUCUGAGGAGCUUCUUCAGAAGACGCCGACCCCGACUUUCCUCUACUAACUCCACCAGGUUCCCACCAUCACCUUUGGCUUCCAAGCCAGCAGUUUCAGUAAGCAUCAACAACCUCUACCCAGGCUGUGAGAAUGUGAGCGUCAGGAGCCGCAGCAUGAUGUUUGAACCGGGUCUCACCAAAGGGAUGCUGGAAGUGUUUGUAGCCCCAUCCCACCAUCUGCAUUGCUCCACAGAUGACCAAUCCACCAAAGCCAUUGAUGUCCAGAAUGCCUAUUUAAAUGGAGUUGGUGAUUUCAGUGUGUGGGAGUUCUCUGGAAACCCUGUUUACUUCUGCUGUUAUGAUUAUUUUGCUGCAAAUGAUCCUACAUCAAUCCAUGUCAUCGUUUUUAGUUUAGAAGAACCCUAUGAAAUUCAGCUGAAUCAAGUGAUUUUCUGGCUCAGUUUCCUAAAGUCUCUUGUUCCAGUUGAAGAACCCAUGGCCUUUGGUGGCAAAUUGAAAAACCCACUCCAAGUGGUCCUUGUGGCCACCCAUGCUGACAUCAUGAAUGUUCCUCGUCCAGCUGGAGGCGAGUUUGGAUAUGACAAAGACAAGUCGUUGCUAAAAGAAGUCAGAAACAGAUUUGGGAAUGACCUUCACAUUUUAAAUAAGUUAUUUGUUCUUGAUGCUGGGGCUUCUGGCUCUAAGGACAUGAAGGUACUUCGAAAUCACUUGCAGGAAAUCCGGAGCCAGAUCGUUUCUGUAUGCCCUCCUAUGACUCAUCUGUGUGAGAAAAUCAUAUCCACGCUGCCAUGCUGGAGGAAACUCAAUGGGCCCAAUCAGCUGAUGUCACUGCAGCAGUUUGUUUAUGACGUGCAGGACCAACUGAACCCUCUUGCCAGUGAAGAAGACCUAAGACAUAUAGCUCAGCAGCUUCACAGUGCUGGAGAGAUCAAUAUCAUGCAGAGUGAAACAGUUCAGGAUGUGCUUCUCCUGGACCCCCGCUGGCUGUGCACCAAUGUCUUGGGGAGGCUGCUCUCUGUGGAGACCCCUCGGGCCCUGCACCAUUACCGGGGCCGCUAUACCAUGGAAGACGUCCAGCGUCUGGUGCCUGACAGUGACGUUGAAGAGCUGUUACAGAUCCUAGAUGCCAUGGACAUCUGCGCCCGGGACCUGAGCAGUGGAACCAUGGUGGACAUUCCUGCUUUAAUCAAAACAGACAAUCUGAACCGCUCCUGGACGGAUGAAGAAGAUGAGGUGAUGGUCUAUGGUGGUGUUCGCAUUGUCCCUGUGGAACACUUAACCCCAUUUCCAUGUGGCAUUUUCCACAAGGUCCAGGUAAACCUCUGCCGGUGGAUCCACCAGCAGAGUGCUGAAGGUGAUGCAGAUAUCCGCCUGUGGGUGAAUGGCUGCAAAAUUGCCAACCGUGGAGCUGAACUAUUGGUGCUCUUGGUCAACCAUGGCCAAGGCAUUGAGGUCCAGGUGCGUGGUCUAGAGACAGACAAGAUUAAGUGCUGCCUUCUACUGGACUCAGUAUGCAGCACCAUUGAGAAUGUCAUGGCUACCACACUACCAGGGUUGUUGACAGUAAAACAUUACCUGAGUCCCCAGCAGUUAAGGGAGCACCAUGAGCCUGUCAUGAUCUACCAACCACGAGACUUCAUCCGUGCUCAGACCUUAAAGGAAACUUCACUGACUAACACCAUGGGUGGCUACAAAGAAAGCUUUAGUAGCAUCAUGUGCUUUGGUUGCCAUGAUGUCUACUCACAGGCCAGCCUCGGGAUGGACAUCCAUGCAUCAGAUCUAAACCUUCUGACCCGAAGGAAACUCAGUCGCCUACUGGACCCACCUGACCCUAUGGGAAAGGACUGGUGUCUUUUGGCCAUGAACUUGGGCCUCCCUGACCUUGUGGCAAAGUACAACACCAAUAGUGGGGCUGCAAAGGAUUUCUUGCCAAGCCCAGUCCAUGCUCUGCUCCAGGAAUGGACAUCCUACCCAGAAAGCACAGUUGGCACCCUCAUAUCCAAAUUGCGGGAACUGGGGCGCAGAGAUGCAGCAGACUUUCUAAUGAGGGCUUCCUCUGUCUUCAAAAUCAACCUUGAUGGUAGUCAAGAGGCCUAUGCCUCCAGUUGUAAUAGUGGCACAUCUUAUAAUUCCAUUAGCUCGGUUGUGUCCCGAUGAAGGCAGGCUUUGGCUUCAGCAGGGUCUUUUCCAUUGUAGAAGCCAGGUGUGCCCCAUCUUUCCUAUUGAAGAUUCUGGGUUUAUGUAUGCCCACAUGGAGAAGGGUGCCACCCUGCUGACCACUUCACAUAUUUGUCUGUCACUACCUCCCUCUCUCACACAUUCCAUUGUUUCCAAAUGGUCUUUCUGUUUUAAAGCAGAACAUCUUGUCCUGUGACCAUUUGAAAUGCUAGUGUGCCUCCUCUGUUACCUGGAUUCCAUCCUUCAGUACUUUACUUCAUACUGAUACUGUCACUGGGAUUCCUAACUUGGCAGUGAAAUUUUUAAAAUUCUAUUUCGAUUGUUUCUUGGGGGGUGCACAUUGAUCCAAAAUGUGUAUUUCUUAGACUCUUUGUUAUAUCAUAUUGUCAGCUUUUUUCUUUUAUAUUUGUAGGAAAUCUCUUCUAUAUGGAAUCCUACUAUAUGAUUAUAAAUAAAAAUAUGUGAGUGCCUUUUGCAGAAGAGGGUGGUUUGAAGUCAUCCAAAAGUUGUUGUAAAGGAAAUGCUCCCUCUCUGUACUUGCUGUAUCCUGAUCAUUGUCAGAGGUGCUUCAAUCUGAUUUUUCCCCUGUAGCAUUUCUGUUUUUCAUUUUUCAAGGAUAGGGGAAAGAGAAAUCCUCCUCCAGAGUGAUUUCAUGACCAGUGUUGUUACAAAAGUAAGAGAUCUUUUGGUUGCUUUUAUUGAUACACGUGGAACUUCAAAUAAUCAUGCUUUAUCAUUUCUUCUCAUCUCAGGUAGAAGGUUGACACAGUUCUAGGAUAAUCUAGACCUGUAUGGGAAUUCAGAAUACCCUGAUCGUAAUUUGGAGCUUUUCAUUGUCAGUUGUGCUUAGGAUACGAAUUUCCACAUGUAGAUCUUGGUUUUAUAAUUUACCUGUGUGAAGUCUAAAGAAAAAAGAAAUGAAGCAAGUUUCUUGCAGUGAAUUUAAGUUGUCAUAACGUUUUUAAUUGAUAUGAAGGGAUGUAUGCUAAUUAUUGUGAAAAGCAUGUAAUUUUAAUAUGUCAAUGUACAGUAUGUAUAUACACACAUACAAUAUUUUUACUUAAUCUAUAAAAUGUCUUAAAA